UAAUGUUGUUCCUGUUUCUCAGAAUGGAUGUGUAAUGACGGACAGGCGAGUCUUUCCUGAGACACCAGCCGCUGUGUCACCUGUAGAGCUCACCUGUCCCCCUCCUGUAGGUCGGGUCACCUCGCUGUGUCUUUCUCAAACUCUCUGAGGAUCUCAGACAUUUCUCUGUCGUCACAAACAGCUGGAUGCUACAGGGUUAGCUUAGCAGAGCUGCAGCUUCCUCCUCAGAUCUGCAGGACUCAAGAGGAUGGACCACUGCACCUGAUCAGAGAAGAUGAGGAGCCGCAGUAACUCAGGAGUGAGGCUGGAUGGGUAUGCCAGGCUGGUCCAAGAGACGAUCCUGAGACAUCAGAACCCAGUGACCGGGCUUCUGCCUGCCAGUACCCAGAAGAAGGACGCCUGGGUGAGGGAUAAUGUGUACAGCGUCCUGGCGGUGUGGGGGCUGGGCAUGGCCUACCGCAAGAAUGCAGACCGCGAUGAAGACAAGGCCAAGGCCUACGAGCUGGAGCAGAGCGUGGUGAAACUGAUGAAGGGACUCCUGCAGUGCAUGAUGCGACAGGUUGCCAAGGUAGAGAAGUUCAAGCACACCCAGAGCACAAAGGAUUGCUUACAUGCCAAAUAUGACACUGCAACAUGUGCCACUGUGGUGGGAGAUGACCAGUGGGGCCACCUCCAGGUGGACGCCACGUCCAUUUACCUGCUGAUGUUGGCACAGAUGACGGCCUCUGGUCUGCGUAUUGUCUCCAACCUGGAUGAGGUGGCGUUUAUCCAGAACAUGGUCUUCUACAUAGAGGCUGCAUACAAAGUUGCGGAUUAUGGGAUGUGGGAGCGUGGUGACAAGACCAACCAGGGCAUCCCUGAGCUCAACGGCAGCUCUGUUGGGAUUGCUAAGGCAGCGCUGGAGGCUAUAGAUGAGCUGGAUCUUUUUGGUGCCCACGGAGGUCCGAAGUCUGUCAUCCAUGUUCUACCUGAUGAAGUGGAACACUGUCAGUCCAUCCUGUGCUCCAUGCUGCCCAGAGCUUCAACUUCGAAGGAGAUCGACGCCGGCCUUCUGUCUGUCAUUUCCUUUCCUGCCUUCGCUGUGGAGGAUGCCGACCUGGUGGCUAUUACUAAGUCUGAAAUCAUAAACAAACUGCAGGGUCGCUAUGGCUGCUGCCGCUUCAUCAGGGACGGGUAUCGCUGUCCUAAAGAGGACCCCUCUCGGCUGCACUACGAUCCUGCAGAGCUCAAGCUGUUUGAGAACAUCGAGUGUGAGUGGCCUGUGUUCUGGACUUAUCUCAUCCUGGACGGUAUCUUUGCUGAAGAUCAAGUGCAGGUGCAGGAGUACCGUGAGGCCCUGGAGGGCGUUUUGAUCAGAGGGAAGAACGGCAUCAAACUUCUGCCUGAACUUUACGCUGUGCCUCAUGCCAAGAUGGAAGAAGAGUACAGCAGCCCUCACUCGGUGGACAGAGUGGCUAUGGGACAGCUGCCACACAUGUGGGGACAGUCGCUCUACAUCCUGGGCUCUCUGCUGGCUGAGGGUUUCUUAGCACCAGGGGAGAUCGAUCCCCUCAACAGGAGAUUCUCUACAAACUUCAAGCCAGACGUUGUGGUGCAAGUUUGUCUUUUGGCAGAGUCGGAGCAGAUUCAGGAGCUGUUAAGUGAUCACGGGAUCACGGUCCAGACUGUGUCAAAGGUUCUACCGAUCAGGGUCAUGCCUGCCCGCAUCCUGAGCCAUGUCUAUGUCAGACUGGGUAACUGUAAGAAGCUGGGUCUAAGCGGGAGGCCCUACAGACACAUCGGAGUUCUGGGAACGUCCAAGUUCUACGAGAUCAGAAACCGCUCUUAUAUAUUCGUCCCGCAGUUUCUGGAUCAGCAUCAUUUCUACCUGGCUCUGGAUAACCAGAUGAUUGUUGAGAUGUUACGGACGGAGCUGGCGUAUCUCUCCUCCUGCUGGAGGAUGACGGGACGGCCUACACUCUGUUUCCCAAUCACCCACAGCAUGCUGAAUGAAGACGGGGAUGCCGUUGACUCAUGUAUCCUUUCAACCCUCAGAAAACUACAGGAUGGAUAUUUUGCAGGAGCGAGGGUGCAGAUGUCAGACCUCUCCAGUUUCCAGCCCACCUCUUUCCACACUCGCCUCAGCUUCUUGGAUGAAGAGAAUGAAGACAGCCUCCUGGAGGAUGAGGAUGACGAAGAAGAGUAUGGAGAUGAUUAUAGCCAAUUUGGGCCCUCAGAGGGCUCUAAAGACAUGUUUGACCGGUACAUCACCCAGCUUCUUCACAGCACCACCAUCAAGUGCCAUCUUCCUCCCAUCCAGAGGGGGCAGCACCAUGUCUUCAGUGCUGAACACACUACCAGAGACAUCCUGUCUUUUAUGGCCCAGGUCCAGGGCCUGAACAUACCCAAGUCUGCCAUGUACCUACCUGUCACUCCUAUUAAGAGCAAACACCGCCGGUCUCUCAACCUACUCAAUGCUUCUCAGUAUCAGCAAAGCUCAAAUGUAAAGCAGAGCAAGCCCCACAUGGCUGCUGAUCUGCACCUGCCUCGAGACUCUCAGGGCAAUACGGACUUUGCAGCGUUGGUGAGGCAACUGAAGGAGUGUCCGACUCUGCAGGACCAGGCCGACAUACUCUACAUCCUUUACAUAAUGAAAGGAGCUGAUUGGCUGGUGGAGUUAUCUGGUCCUGGGCAAGGUGGGGUCAGUGUGCGCUGCCUACUGGAGGAACUAUAUGUUCAAGCUGGAGCCUCCAAAGAGUGGGGGCUCAUCAGAUAUAUCUCUGGAAUCCUACGCAAGAGAGUGGAGGUCCUCUCUGAGGCCUGCACAGAUCUGAUCUCCCAUCACAAGCAGCUGACUGUCGGUCUUCCUCCUGAGCCCAGAGAAAGAGUCAUCUCAGUUCCUCUUCCUCCUGAGCAGUUAAACACCCUGAUCUAUGAAGCCAGCGGUCAGGACAUCAGUGUGGCUGUCCUCACUCAGGAAAUCAUGGUGUAUUUAGCCAUGUACGUGCGCUCCCAGCCGGCUCUGUUUGGGGACAUGCUGCGCCUCAGGAUUGGACUCAUCAUGCAGGUGAUGGCCACGGAGCUGGCUCGCAGCCUGCACUGCUCAGGGGAGGAGGCCUCCGAGAGUCUGAUGAGCCUGAGUCCUUUUGGCAUGAAAAACUUGCUGCAUCACAUCCUCAGCGGGAAAGAGUUUGGGGUGGAGAGAAGCGUGCGCCCGCUCCAAUCCACAACCAACAGUCCUGCUAUCUCCAUCCACGAACUGGGCCACACGGGAGCCACCAAGACUGAGCGCUCGGGGAUCCACAAGCUGAAGAGGGAGAUCAAACAGAUCAUCAGCGGUGGCCUUUCCUUGAAUAGCACCGUCACCUCUCCUCGCUCCACGAGAUGCAGCAGCCCCUCCACUCCCAGUGGGAUCCUGUCCCCAGUAAGCACUGGUCCAAGUGACGGACAGCUGCACUGGGAGGAGAGGCAGGGCCAGUGGCUGAGGAGACGCAGGCUGGACGGAGCCAUCAACAGAGUACCGGUGGGCUUCUACCAGAAGGUGUGGAAGAUCCUGCAGAAGUGCCACGGCCUGUCCAUCGAUGGAUAUGUGCUUCCCUCUUCCACCACGAGAGAGAUGACAGAAGGAGAGAUCAAGUUUGCGGUGCAGGUAGAGUCCGUUCUGAACCACGUCCCUCAACCAGAGUACCGGCAGCUGCUCGUGGAGACAGUGAUGGUUCUCGGUCUUGUCGCUGACGUGGAUGUGGACAACAUCGGGGGGAUUAUCCACGUGGACCGCAUCCUGCACUUGGCCAAUGAUCUGUUCCUCAAUGACCAGAAGUCUCACAGUGCCAGUGAUUAUUUCCUGGAGAAGGACCCAGCGACAGGAAUCUGCAACUUUUUCUUUGACAGCGCCCCGAGUGGCAGCUAUGGCACCAUGACGUACCUGUCCAAGGCAGCGAUCACCUACGUCCAGGACUUUCUGCCAAGUUCCAGCUGUCUGAUGCAGUAAAAAAAAUAUAAAGACUUGAAACAGCUUGUAGCUUAAAAGCUGCCUGAAAGUUUUAACGCCUCAAUAAAUCCUGUACCUCUGAAAUCUAACAUCGUAGCCUCGGCAGCUGAAAACAAACCGCUCAUUGAGCCUUUAUUUUGGAGGUCUGGACUUCUUUCUUACCUUUUAAAUCAAAUCCAUGUUGUGACUUACCUCUCAUACCUCGUGAUUCAACACGUCGGUGUGUCGCGCUACGAACCUUGAAGUUAUCAGAGUGAACAUUUUUAUCUUUAAAGUAUAAAAGAAUGAUGUGUACUCUAAUGUUGUUAGCAUUUUAUUUAUCAAUAUACUUUAUUGUUUUAUGAGGCUGAAAGGAAAUAAGACACAAACACUUUUUGAAUGUUAAAAUAACUUUUAUUUAUUAAUAAAUAUAUUAAUAUAUAUAAUACAUUUUUUUCCCUUUAAAUAACUUUAUUGUAAAUAAAAAAUCAGCACUGUUCCUCUGAUAGCUGCCAGGUUCUCUCUCAUCAAACGUAGACGUGUUGUGUUGUUGUGUUGUUGAUAACCUCGAUGGGAACCUGAUUUCCCUGAAUGCAUGUUCAGUCUGUGUCGCUGCUGUCAGGUGGAAACCUCGUAUCUCCAGAUUUCAUCUUUUAUGUUUUUGUAUCAAACUUUAUUUUUUGACACUUCAUGCCUGACGACACGAGAAGAGUUAUAAACUGAAUUCCUUUAAGGGUUUUAUUUAAACCGUUUUUAUCUGAAGAGCUGAAGGUUUGGAGAUACGAGGCUUAAGCCGACAGAAACUUAACGUUUCGUGUGUUUGAAUGAAUCCGUCAGUUUGAACUUUGACCUUUAUUUGUUAGGUUUUACUCUAGGGUUACUGAUGUGUGUGAACACAACACACUGUGGGUUCUUCUUUAUGUACCCUGAAGUUAUUAGAGCUGUAACACUGUAUGAAUAUAUAAACCAGCUAUGUAACGUGUGUGUAUGUGCAGUAUAUGGUGCAUGGUGUAUGUAUAUAUGUAAAGAGGGUAUACCACAGAGGGUCUGAGUACGUUGAUGAGGGUCUUUGUAAGUCCUUGUUCCAGGGUCUUUGUAAGUCUGUGUUCGAGGGUAUUUGAUUUUAUCUCAGAGCUUUGAUUUGAAAGCAUGAAAAGGUUAAAUGUAUUCUAGUGCUGACUCUGUAAUAUGUGAAUUAACUUUUAACUGAGAAAUAUUCAAUAUAAAUGACUUUUUAACCAUAAUGCAUUAAGCUUUAAGAUUUCAGAGCUGUUGUUUUAAACACAGUCGAUCCUCAUUCAUCAGAACAGUUUUGUUUUUAAUACAUUUAGCUCGGACAGUAAUAAAAUAUUUUAAGUCAA